UGGGAUUUAUCCCAGCCAGACCCAUCCCUUUCCUUGGGAACACUGCGGGCUUUUCCAGGAUUUCCCUUUGGAGGGAUCGCUCCGGAACCAUGGGAGUGGCGGCGGACGCGGAGUGGCUGCGCUGGGUGAGCAAGAAAUUUGGGAAUGUCGCUGGGAAGGAGAAGGAAAUCAGCCUGGAAGAGUUCAAAUCCGCGCUGCAGGUCAAGGAGUCCUUCUUUGCCGAGAGGUUUUUUGCGCUCUUCGAUUCCGACGGGAGCGGCUCCCUGAGCCGGGAGGAGCUGCUGGGAUCCCUGAGCCGGCUGCUCCGUGGGAAUUCCACGGAAAAGCUCCAGUUCCUCUUCCAGGUGUAUGAUGUGGACG